AUGACGUCGUCCCUCCUCCGCCCGACGUCCCUCUUCCUCAUUGCCGCGCUCCUCCGCCUCAUCCUCCUCGUCUACGGAUCCUUGCAGGACGCCCGCUCCGCCAUCAAAUACACAGACAUAGACUACCUCGUCUUCACCGAUGCGUCGCGCUACGUCUGGCAGGCGCAAUCCCCCUACGCCCGCGACACCUACCGCUACACCCCUCUGCUCGCAUGGCUCCUCCUCCCCACGGUGUCCUUCUUCUCCUUCGGCAAGAUGGUCUUUGCGCUCGCCGACCUGCUGGCAGGCUGGCUCAUCCUACGCAUCCUCCGCCGGAGGGGCAUGUCUCCCGAGCGGGCAGGCGCCUUCGCCGCGCUCUGGCUCUGGAAUCCCAUGGUGGCAACCAUCAGCACGAGGGGCAGUUCCGAGGGCCUCCUGGGCGUCCUGGCCACCGCACUCGUGUGGGCGGUGGAAAGCAGGCGCGUGGACCUGGCAGCCGUCAUCCUGGGCCUCGGCGUGCACUUCAAGAUUUACCCUUGCAUCUGGGCGCCCGCCAUUGCGUGGUGGAUGGACGCCGAGCACAUGCAGGGGACCAGGACGCCGCGCAAACCACCUCCAGGCCAUCGCAUCGCAGGCUUCGUGUCCAGGGACAGGAUCCGGCUCGCGGCCGUGAGCCUAGCCACGUUCGUGGGCCUCAAUGUCGUCAUGUACGCCGUCUACGGCCGCCCAUUCCUCGUCCACACCUUCUUCCACCACCUCGCCCGCAUCGACCACAGGCACAACUUCUCGCCCUACAACAUCGUGCUGUACCUCAGGUCCUCGGCGCCGCACACCUCCUUCCUGCACGCCGAGUCGCUCGCCUUCCUCCCGCAGCUGUCGCUCUCGUGCGUCCUCAUCCCGUUCGUCCUGGCCAAGAAGGAUCUGGCCACGACCAUGAUGGCCCAGACAUUCGCCUUUGUCACGUUCAACAAGGUGUGCACCUCGCAGUAUUUCCUGUGGUACCUGGUCUUCUUGCCCUUGUACCUGCCCACGUCGUCGUUCCUGCGCAAACCACGUCUCGGAAUCGCCGCCUUGGUUCUGUGGGUCGUGUCGCAAGCAGCCUGGCUGCAGCAGGGCUAUCAGUUGGAGUUUUUGGGUCGCAGCACCUUCUUCCCUGGUCUGUGGGCGUCGUCGACAGCCUUCUUCCUCGUCAACUCUUGGAUACUGGGCAUCAUCAUCGGCGACGGUGUCAACGCAACACCCAUGGCGCACAGCUCAGUCAGUAGCUCCUAA